AGAUAUUAGGUUUUUUGUAUAAGAGGCUACUACGGCUAGGCCAGUGGUGCUUCGAGUCUCUUGGCAUCCAUUUUUCACAGGGCAAAGCUGCGACUCGCGGUAGACCAGAAAGAGCAAACAUUAAGGUGAAUCAUGGCGCUGUCGACCAAGGAGAAGGACAUACAGAUGCUGCUGGCGGCCGAAGCUCAUCUCGGCACCAAAAACUGCAACUUUCAGAUGGAGCGCUAUGUAUUCAAGCGCAGAAAUGAUGGAAUUUACAUCAUCAACCUUGGCAAAACAUGGGAAAAGCUUCAGUUAGCUGCCAGGGUCAUUGUCGCAAUCGAGAACCCUCAAGACAUCAUUGUCCAGUCAGCCAGGCCCUAUGGUCAGAGGGCUGUCCUAAAGUUUGCACAAUACACUGGAGCUCACGCAAUUGCUGGACGUCACACUCCUGGUACUUUUACAAAUCAGCUUCAGACUUCAUUUAGUGAACCACGGCUUCUCAUCCUUACUGACCCAAGGACUGAUCACCAGCCAAUUAAGGAGGCUGCACUGUCUAACAUCCCCACCAUUGCCUUCUGUGACACUGAUUCCCCAAUGAGGUACGUUGAUAUCGGUAUUCCAGCCAACAACAAAGGGAAACACAGCAUUGGCUGCCUCUUUUGGCUCUUGGCCAGGAUGGUGCUCCAAAUGCGCAGUCUCAUUGCUCCUGGGCACAAAUGGGAAGUCAUGGUUGAUCUGUUCUUCUACCGGGAGCCUGAGGAGUCUAAGGUUGAAGAAGAAGAGGAAGUUGGAGCUGGCCCAGAUUAUGCUGAUUAUUCGGGCACUGCUGCUGCAAUUGGAGGUGCUGACUGGUCGAGUGCCCAAAUCACAGAUGCUCAAUGGCAAGCUGCUCCUGAUGUUCCUGCUGGUGCUGUAGGUGGUUGGACUGCUGCAGACACAACAGGUGUUGCUGAUGGAGGGUGGGACUCUGCUGCUCCUCCUCCUCAAGUGGCUGUUGAAGGAGGAGUACCUGCUGCAGUUGCUCCUACCGGCUGGGAGUAAAUUCAGUGUCGGGAUAACUUUGUUUUCUUUUGGUUUAUGUUUCGUAUGUUAUGGAAUGGAGAACAUGGAGGACACCUACCUGUACUUUCCGUUGUCAGUUGAGUUUUUUGUAGGACUUCUCUAAAGCAUUUGAUUGGUGAUCACCGUUUUGUUUUUCAUAGCUGGCGUAAACAAUAUAUCAGUUCUCUCUUUGGGAGUGCCAAGAUAUAGAUUAUAUUGUUGGUUUGAGUUAGAUUUUGUGAUCUUGCUUGUGUUUUGACUUUUGAGUAAUAUCAGUCUGAGUUUCAGGUUUUGUUAUCCUGAUGGUCUCAUUGAAAGGGGAAAGUUUGAAGAACAAGAAUUGAAUUUUAUUUGGUAUUCUAUCCACUACAUGUUGAAGAAAUUGGAAUUUGCCUGUCUUAGUAGUACUCUCUCCUCUUAACCACAAAUCACCUGACCGCAAGUUGUUGGAGGUUAUUG